AUGAUUGCGGAAGCACAGGAUGUGGAAAAUAAAGUCAGAAAAGGGAGAUAUCUCUGCCGUGCUUGGAACGGAAAUCUGGUUGAUGAAAAGACUCGAGAAAUGAAGGAAUUUCUUGAUAAAGGUCCUAAUGCCUCUGAAGGUCUUGCCAUGGAUGGUCCAAGUGGUGGGUUGCCACUGCCAACAUCAGAACUAGUUGGGGAGGAAGCUGUCAGAAAUGAUAUUUGGACAUGUUUGAUGCAGGAGGAGGUGAGCAAGAUUGGGGUUUGGGGGAUGGGCGGUGUGGGUAAAACCACUAUCAUGAAGCACAUCCACAAUGAUCUUUUAAAGCAACAAAGAUUCGAAAGGGUAAUCUGGGUUACCAUAUCAAAGGAGUUCAAUGUAAUGAAGUUACAAGAUAAUAUUGCAAGGGCGUUGAAGUCCAAGGAUUAUUUAGACAAAGAAGAAGACAAGCUCAGACGAGCAGCAAUCUUGUCAGAAAUGCUGAAGAACGCAGGAAAGCAUGUUCUAAUCUUAGAUGAUGUGUGGGAUAAAGUCUCUCUAGAGGAAGUUGGGAUCCCUGAGCCGAGUGGCAGCAAUGGCUGCAAGUUGGUGUUGACAACCCGUUCGGAGCAUGUCUGUAAGUAUAUGGGUUGUAAGGUGAUAAAAGUGAAGCCACUGUCAGAAGAAGAGGCAUUGAUUCUAUUCUUGAAUAAAGUUGGGCCUAACAUAGUUCAAAAUCCAACAAUAAUGCCAACUUUGAAGCUUGUUGUCAAGGAAUGUGCGGGUUUACCACUUACAAUUGUUGUGGUUGCUGGUACCAUGAAAGGAGAAGAUAACCCUCAUAUUUGGAAAAAUGCACUAAAGGAAUUGAAAGAGAGAAUAGGAAAGUGGAAGGAGUGGAAGUUGAGGUAA